GCAAGUGAAUUAUUUUUCAGGGAUUCCUUUCUCCCAUCAGCUGUAAGGGAGCAGAUGGGCUAAGUCCUAAAAAGUAUUUCCUAUGGCUCUUUAUGCUAAUGCCUGAAAAGUACAGCCUACUUUAAUGCUGUGAACGUCACUUUCUCACUAAGAGGAAAAAAUGCAAAUUGAAUAAAAAACUGUGGCCAGCUUAGUAUAUGCUGUAAUGACUAACAAAAGAAGCUGAGAUGCAGAAAUUAUCUUCUAUUUCCUCCCCAGUGAAUGAGUAACUUUAAUUCUCAGGUGUUCUAUUAGGAAUAAUGACUUGAAAUCUUAGACUAGAUUUUGCAAGAGGCCAUGUACGUUACAGUCUAGUAAAAACCAAGCUUAAUGCAUUGUUUGGAGGAAUCAGAAACUACUUCCCUCUCUUUAUUGCCAUUCAACAAAAGACAAGCUAUUAACCACCUUUGAGCAGUGUAAAUGUCACAGCAACUGUCACCAUAGCAACCAAAAGAUAGAAUAUCCACUGGUGACUAAGGAGCUUACAAGAAAUGAUUUGCAUUAAGACAGCAACUAUAAUCUCAAUAUUGUUAAACGUAGAGAAAAACACUCAUCUGAAACAUGUGAUAGGAAGAUAUCAAGCCUGAAGUGCCAUUGUCACCUUCUGUCAAAUAGCUGUCUCGGGUGGGGGCACCAGAUGCCUUAGUGGCUGAGUUCUAAAGAUAAAUGAGAUCAUCAGUCUCAAGGCAUCUGGUGUCUAAACAAUGUCAUAAGGGAUCUUCCUACAUAAUAAUGGUUCAUUGGCUCUUUAGUGAUAUCCUCACUACCUCCAUCUGCAAAUGAUAAAAAAUAAUAAUUGGGAAAAAGGAAAAUAAUAAUUGGAUAUUCUAAUAUGUCUCUGACCGUUUGUUUAAUGUCUGUCUUCCUAACUAGGAUAUAAGGCCCAUAUGGGCAGGAACUGUUGCUGUUUCACUCACCACGUUCUCUCCAGUGCUACCUCAGUUCAAUAAAUUUGUGUCGAGUUAUUGUCCACAUGCAUGCAGAACUGUGUUGAAUUCUCAUCCAUCGCAAUGAGCAACAGAUUCCUGGGCACCUGGAAACUCGUCUCCAGUGAGAACUUUGAUGAUUACAUGAAAGCUCUGGGUGUGGGGUUAGCCACCAGAAAACUGGGAAACUUGGCCAAACCCCGAGUGAUCAUCAGCAAGAAAGGGGAUAUUAUAACUAUAAGAACUGAAAGUACAUUUAAAAAUACAGAGAUCUCCUUCAAGUUAGGCCAAGAGUUUGAAGAAACCACAGCUGACAACAGGAAAACAAAGAGCACUGUAACCUUGUCAAGAGGCUCAUUGAAUCAAGUGCAGAAAUGGGAUGACAAAGAGACAACAAUAAAAAGAAAGUUGGUGGAUGGUAAAAUGGUAGUGGAAUGUAAAAUGAAGGGCGUGGUCUGCACCCGAAUUUACGAGAAGGUCUGAGAAAAUCAUUUCCUCAUUGAAGUGGCAUUUGAUCAUUUGAUGUUGGAAAUCAACGGUCUUCGUUGGCAAGGCCCGACUACACUGCAAUUUGUUUGUUUUUGCUUUUGUCUUAAUAGAUCAGAUAGGUAAAGGUCUAAACCGAGGAUUAAUCUAAAAUUCAGUGUUGUUGAAACAUCUUCAAUUCGCAUGCAUUUCCUCACUGUAUUAAAGUAUGUAGACUGGCCACACCUAAAUACUUGA